AUGACGUCCACAAUUGGCAUUCCCAUCAAGCUCCUCAACGAGGCACAGGGCCACAUCGUCACCCUCGAAAUCACAUCAGGUCAAACCUACCGCGGCAAGCUCCUCGAAGCCGAAGACAACAUGAACGUCCAGCUCAAAGACAUCACCGUCACCGCCCGCGACGGCCGCGUCUCCCACCUCGACCAGGUCUACAUCCGCGGCUCCCACGUCCGCUUCUUCAUCGUCCCAGACAUGCUGCGCAACGCGCCCAUGUUCCGCUCCCGCAACGUCCGCGGCCGCGGUGUCGGUAUGGCGCGUGGUCGCGCGACCGUGAGCAGGGCGAGGGCCAGCGGGCGCGGAGGACGCUAG